CAUAUGAUGGCCUCGAGAGCUGCAUACGGAACUGUCAGUCCUAUGACAAUGAUAGUGCGACUAGUAGAGGUGAUGGGGAUGUUACAGAUUCCUUAAAUGAUGAUGACUCAAGGAGCUCUUCCAGCAACAAUGCUUUUGAAUCAUUCUCCUCUCAAUGGACAACGAAGAAGAGGGAUGACCAGGGAUCGUGUGACAAUGGGAAUUUCUAUGUGAAAGGAAAACCUGCUUACACAAUCCAAUUUUCAGAUGUGGAAACAAUGAAAGACAAGUUUGCAAAAUUGUUGCUUGGUGAGGAUGUGACGGGUGGAAGCAAUGGAGUUUCGACUGCAUUAGCAUUGUCUAAUGCCAUUAUAAAUCUUGCAGCAUCUGUGUUUGGAGAGUUGUGGAAAUUGGAGCCACUUGCAGAGGAAAGGAAGAGGAAAUGGCAAAGGGAGAUGGAUUGGUUGCUCUCACCUACCAAACAUAUGAUUGAGUUUGUUCCUGCAAAACAAAGUGGUUCUAAUGGCCAGAGAUUGGAGAUAAUGACACCAAAAGCUCGUGCAGACAUCCAUAUGAAUCUUCCAGCACUUCAGAAAUUGGAUUCCAUGCUUCUUGGAAUGCUGGAUUCAAUGGAUAAUACUGAGUUUUGGUAUACGGAAGUGAGUAGCCGAGCAGAAGAAAAGAGCACAAGGUGGUGCCUUCCUUCACCCAAGGUACCCAUCGCUGGGCUCUCUGACACUGAAAGAAAGAAAUUGCUGAAUCAGGGAAAAUUGGCCAAUCAAAUAUUCAAGGCAGCAAAAGCUAUUAAUGAAAACAUCUUAGCUGAAAUGCCGGUUCCAUCAGUUAUCAAGGAUGCACUUCCAAAGUCUGGGAGGGAAAGCCUCGGCGAGGACCUUUAUAGAAUCCUGACCGCAGAAUCAACCUCUGCUGAGGAAAUGUUCAAUUCCUUGAACUUGAGAUCUGAAAACAGUGCACUUGAAGCUGUUAACAGGUUAGAGGGAGCAAUUCUUGCAUGGAAAGAAAGAAUAACUGAUCAAGCUCCAGUUCGAAGAUCUUGGUCAUUCGUAAAAGAUCCAAUAUCUGAGCUAGACAAAUUGGAGGUCUUAUUGAGCCAAGCAGAAGCUCUUCUACAGCAGCUCAAAACUAAAUAUCCUAACCUUCCUCAGACAUUCCUCAAUGUCACAAAAAUUCAGUAUGGCACGGACAUUGGGCAUUUAAUCAUGGAAGCGUACUCUCGGGUUCUCUUAAACCUAGGGUACAGCAUUUGGAUCAGGAUAGGAGAAAUUUUGCAAGUAGAUAUCUCGAGCAACCCCAAUUCAUCCGCAGCUGCUUGCUGACUUCCUGCUACAAGAAUCUCAGGAUUAUCAGACACUAGUCCUGUAUGUAGUUGAGGUGAGACAGUCGCUGAUCGAACAGACGAGUAGAGCUGCAGGAUGAUUGUUUUAGUAAUGCUACUGAUAUGGACAUUGAGUUUGUUGAAGAAAUUAUAAGUUCUGUACAUGCAGCUCCAGGCCAAAGUCGAGUUCAGUCCAUUGGCAGGGAAGCUUGUAGCAGCAUGCAUGUCUACUAUGAAUUCCCCUUAACAAUGAGAUUUUUUGCAAGUCUUUCUGUAGAUAUAUAUAUCAUUUCCAUGCCAACCAUCAGCCUUAGUUUUUAGGCUGAGUUAUCAUGGUUGUUUGGGGAAUUUGCCCUCACCUACAAAUACAAUACAGUGGGAAUAGAAUAGCAAGCUUUUUACAAGCUAAGAAUUAAUUGCAAAAAUAUAUGUAUUGGUAUCUGUAUUGAGUAAUUUUACCAUAGCCAGUGCAAGAAUUUAAAAGAAUCAGAAUUUUUUUAUCCA